CUAGAAAACAACCCAAAUUAUUCAUUAUUCAUUCAUUUCUACAAAAUAAAAAUAAAAAUUAAAUUAAAAAACCCUCUCUCUCUCUCUCUCUCUCUCUCUCUCUCUCUCUCUCUCCUCUUUUCACAGGUUUCAUCAUCAUCAGCAGCAGCAUGUUAUGAACAAGAGUGCUUCAACCUUCAUUCCUGCCCUUUUUGCUGCUACCAUCAAAGCAAUAAACUUGUGGGCAAGAUUCUUCUAUAUAUAGAUGUGAGAAUUUUGGGGGUUUUGACUGAAAUUAGCAUAAAAAGGUGUUUACUUGAAUGAGUUUCUUGAUUAGUUGAUCCUAUUGGUUACAUAGGAUCUAUUUUUCAAUGGCUUCGAAAGCCCGUGGUGCUGCGGGUAUACCACCUGCUAUGGACCCAAUUGUUACAAAACGUGUUGUUGCAGAGGAUUUGGAAGCGAAAUUUGCUUCAAAACUAUCGAUUGAAACGCGUAAGGUUGAUGGGUUAGUGAGUGAUGGAAGCAGCGGCCUUGGGAAGACGAGUGGGAGUGCACGUGUUGAUUUUGUGGAUAGUGGGAAGAGUAGUAUGUGUAGAGGAAGCACAAGCAGCAAUGUGAGUGACGAAAGCAGUUGUAGUAGUUUCAGUAGCAGUAUUAAUAAGCCGCAUAAGUCAAAUGAUACGCGGUGGGAAGCUAUUCAAGUGGUUAGAGCGCGCGAUGGGGCUAUGGGUUUGGCUCAUUUCAGGUUGUUGAAACGGUUAGGGUGUGGUGAUAUUGGGAGUGUUUACUUGGCGGAGUUGACGGGUACUAAAGCUUACUUUGCUAUGAAAGUCAUGGAUAAAGCGUUGUUAGCUAGCCGUAAGAAGCUUCUCAGAGCUCAAACCGAGAGGGAGAUUCUGCAAUCUUUGGAUCAUCCGUUUCUUCCGACGUUAUACACGCAUUUUGAGACUGAUAAGUUCUCGUGUUUGGUUAUGGAGUUUUGUCCGGGAGGAGACUUGCACAUGCUUAGGCAAAGACAGCCUGGGAAGUACUUCACCGAGCAGGCUGCCAAAUUUUAUGUGGCAGAGGUGCUGUUAGCCAUGGAAUAUCUCCACAUGCUUGGGAUUGUUUAUCGUGACCUUAAGCCAGAAAACGUUCUCGUGAGGGAAGAUGGGCAUAUAAUGCUCUCGGAUUUCGAUCUUUCUCUUCGCUGUAGUGUUAGCCCGACUUUAGUAAAAUCUUCAUCUAUGGACUCUGAGCCCCUUCGUAAGAACACCGCGUAUUGUGCCCAACCCGCGUGCAUUGAGCCUUCAUGUAUUCAACCUUCAUGUGUGGUCCCUACAUCGUGUUUCUCCCCCCGGUUCUUUUCAAGCAAAUCCAAAAAGGAAAGAAAAACCAAAGUCACAAAAGACAUAGUAAACCAAGUUAGCCCGUUGCCCGAGCUCAUGGCUGAACCGACGAACGCGCGGUCUAUGUCGUUUGUGGGAACUCACGAGUACUUAGCCCCUGAAAUCAUCAAAGGUGAAGGUCACGGAAGUGCUGUCGAUUGGUGGACCUUCGGAAUAUUCCUGUACGAGUUAUUAUUUGGUAGAACUCCAUUCAAAGGGUCGGGUAACCGAGCCACUUUGUUUAACGUUGUGGGUCAGCCUCUUCGGUUUCCUGAAUCACCAGCAGUCAGCUUUUCGGCUCGGGAUCUAAUCAGGGGGUUGCUUGUGAAAGAACCUCAGCAGAGGCUAGCUUAUAAACGAGGAGCCACUGAGAUUAAGCAACACCCGUUCUUUGAAGGUGUUAAUUGGGCGUUGAUCCGCUGUGCUACACCACCAGAUGUCCCUAAGCCCGUUGAGUUUGAACGAUUCUCUCCUGCUCCCGUUGCAUCGACAAGUGAAAAGACUACUAAUGUACCCCCUGUAGCUGCUCCGGCUCACAAAGGUCCCAACGCGGUGUCGCCUGGAGAAGGAGCGGUUGAGGUUGGUGAAAACGUUGGCUCGUCGGUCAACUGGUCUUGCAAGGACACUUCCUCAGUUCCUUUCCUUCACAUAUGACCUUGACUUCACAAAAACCGGGGGCGUUAUGUAGUAUUUGAUCAAGAGUCCCUCCACCGCCACCUUUCUUGCUGCUACUCUGCAAUCAAGUGCAGGAUUAAACAGAGGAGAAUGAGUAGGCGGGUUAUCAAAACGCGAUUGAGAUGACCGGAGGUUUCACGUGUACCUUAAGAUGGAUUUGGUAGCACCCAUUACCAGCUUUCUUAUGUUUAGAAUUGGAUUGAGGUCCAGAAUGGCUUUUGCCUCCAUGUCACUCUCUAUAAGCACAGUUUCAACUUGAACCUGUAACACUAGAAGUUUCAGAAACCGAAGAUGCUGUUUCCAACCAGAAACAUAUAUGAAUUUAGGGUGGUAAUUGUUUUAGGUUGGCCGAUUGAAUUGGUGAACCUCCGGCAUGAUAUUAACAAGCGGUAAAUGGGUCGUAAACAGGUUGGCUAGUGAACCUUA